AUGACCCUACGGUUCCGAAAUCGCUCUCGCAGACCAGAGAGCAUCUCAGAGAACCCGGAAACUCAAACGGUCUCUUCAGAUCGGCCCAGGAGGUCUCGGUUUGUUAGGGAGCUGGGGUUCUCUGAUGCUUCUAGACUACCGAAAAGGAUACUUCGGUGGCUUUAUUCCAUUUCAUUGAUCAUAUUUAUGAUUCUUACUUUUGCAUUUAUCUUGGUCACGCCAUUAGAUAUCAUCGUUCAAACGUGGGGAGCUCCCUCGACAUGGCUUAAGACGUUUAUUGUCAUCAUGGCAUGCGCUUUGUUUUUGUUCUUUUGCUUAAUUAUUUAUUUCCUGAGACUUUACCAGACGAGAGUCAGUUUGAAUCAAAUUCCUUCGAAAUCAGUCUACAUUCCGCUAGAGAAGAACGAUCUUCCAUCAAGCGUUCGCCGAUACAUUGAGGGAACCCUUCGACGCUGCUUGGGAGACAUCAAGAUCAGGGCUGGACCCUUGUACAACAAGAAUGAGAUUAUCAACUUCCCAGGAGCGUCCCCUCCCGAGUACAUCCAGAAAAGAAACAUCACCAUGGGGUUCCCGAACGAAGGCACGCACUUACCGCCAGAUUGCUCAUACGAAGAGAUCCUCGAUACGCUUGGGAUGCAAAUCAAGUUCGAUGGCAUGGCCUUGACCAAGUUUGACAUCCCUGAGUGCUAUUCUUUCAGGGAGAUCGCAUUAUCUAUGGCAAAGAUCUUAAUAGAAAAGGGGGAGAUCGAUCGCUCGAGAUUACCAGAAGUGAGGUUAAUGAUUAAACUAUACGAGAAGCUUAAGUUCGGACCAGAAUUGGUGAAAGAACUGGACUUGGUGCAGUUUCUUUCGCUUUUCGAGAAGCUUUCGCUUUCAUUCCACUCCAACAGACUUCAAAUCCAGGUAGACGAGCCUCAGAACAACACACCUUUGCAAGCGUACAAAAAUAGCGUCAGCAGAUCAUCGUUUGGCACCGACACACUUCUCUCGCCGUAUUAUGGACAUGGCAGGCAUUAUCUGCAAGGUGGUGGACGCAGCACACGAUCUGGAACACGAAGCGAGCUCUUUGCCGACAUAGAGCAAGACGACGAAGAUACCGAGGAAGAAGAGAUCGACGCCUACCAAAGGCUGAAUACAUCCAUGAACGAGCUAAAUGCACAGCGGAUCUCGCGCAGCAGCACAGGCACGAGCGAUACGGGCACUAGGUGGACCCGUAAAAGUGUGAGCUCUAAUGCCUCAGUUAUCAAAAGCAAGCUUGUGUUUCGCGGCAGAAAACGGGACAGAGGCGUUCAUGGGGAUGAGGAUGAUACUAGCACCGAGUCAGGAGACGCUGCAUCGGUGAGGAGAUUGAACGGAUAUGGCACCGAUUCAGAAGAGGGAGGAGGCACCCCUAGCAUCUAA